AUUACAAUGCUUUUAAAAAAUCAGUUCUCAUUUUGUAAAUUACACAACAACUUUAAAUAUUAUGUAAUUUACCUUACCUGUCUUUUUAUUGCAGAUUAUCUAUCUUCUAUCAUCACAAUGGAAUUAACCGUUUAUUUGUUCCGUGAAAAUGAGAUCAUAGUACAAAUCUUCCAUUUUUUUUUUCUUUUCUCCUAUUUUUUUUGCAUGAUCGUUAAUGAAAAGAAGUCGGAUACACAAUCGAUUCUCGUCAAUUGCAGGGGUUAACCUACCGUAUAAACUUAAUGAUCUUAGUUACAACAAACUAAUAAUCAAUUAAAUGAAAUGAUGAUGACUUUUUAAUGUUAAUCCCAGUUUUGCAGGAUCCCCCCAGUUUUUCUAACGUCAGAGACAAAUUGGGUGAUUCAGUUGGGGAGUCUGUGUAAUGUGUAAACACAUGUUAUUCCGUGUGGAAACAUCGGGUGUAAAUACAGUAUAAAAAUCAUAAAUUAUAUCAGAUAUUGAGAAUUACUAUUUUCAUUUUCUGUUGCCUUUUUCAUGGGAUAAAUGUGGUAUAUUCAUAUGAAUUUGUAAAUGUACAAUUUGUACAUAUAAUACAGCAUUAAGUUACAGUGCAUUAAUAGAAUUACUGAUUAUAUGGAAUUACUAUAACAAGUUUCAAAGUUCAAACUGUUAUUUG